AUGUUCGUGACCUGCGAAGGGACCUUCGGAAUGGUGCCAGCCACCAUGGGUUACAAUGGGGAAGCCAGGCCAGGGGAAUUCCAGACUGGCUACCAAGAAAUCGAAGGGAUAAACCUGGGAUACUUACAGAUCAAUGGCACCCAGAUGUUUGCUUUGGCGCAGGUCCUCAGCGACCUGUUUAAGGAUAUCCCCAGGACCACUAUCAGCAAGAAGAUGGAGACCCUAAAGAUCAAGAGCCGCCGCUGCGAUCUCAGGGAGCUCCGGACCCUCAAAGCCAUCAACUCCGUGCCCACGCGAGCGGUGAAAUGCUCGCUCAUCUCCAAGGCAGACCUGGAGGCGCUCUGCACCUCCUGCAAGAGCCUCAGCCCCCGGAGGAGGAAGAGGAAGAGGAGAGAGCAGCUACUGCUGCCGGGCCCCGCGGAUCUCUUCGACUGCCCCCGGCAGCCGCUGCGCUCCUCAUGCGGAGCCGGCCCCUACUGCACCCAGGAGCCGGGGAUCUGCAGCGAGCUGGCCCCCGCGCCCCAUCCCCCCGCGGCCGGGCUCUUCCAAAACUAUGACAAAGCCACCCGGGGCAGGAAGGGCUACGGCCUGGGGGGCCGCGGGGGGCUCUUCGCCGGCGUGUUGAGCGCCUACCCCCGGGACCUCCAGCUGCUCCACUCGGCAGCCCGCGGGCCGCACGGAGCCGGGCAGGCGUCUCACCAGCCGGAGCCCGGCCGGCCCAAGCGGGGCUCCUGCUGCUCCAAGGGGCUCUUCCCCGAGGAGAAGGGCCAAGGGGCGGCCAGGAAAGGCCGCCUCUUCCCGGGCUCCAAGAGGCAGGGCACCUCGGCCGGCUACUCCAGCGACUCGGAUUCCAGCCUGGACUUCGGGGGCUCCAGCCCGGCCACCUCCAGCGACUCGUCGGAGGAGGAGGAGGAAGAGGAGGGGGACACGUCGUGCAGCAGCGAGGAAGGCAGCUCCUCGGAGUCGGAGAGCAGCUCGCUGUGCAGCGGGGACUCGGUGCAGAGUACCCGCUACAGGCAGGCGGCUCUGCCCAGGUUCCAGCCGCUGCCCCACCCCCCCAGAGAGCCCAGCGGGGACGAGAGGCUCCCGGAGCCCCACAAAGCAGCCCUGCGCCCCGAUCCCAACCUUCUGCUCCUCUCCCAGCAGCUCUGGGCCAGGACUCUGCGAGCGUCAACUUUGGAAAGUUUGAGGCCGCUUCCAGCUCUGGGAGCCGGGGCCCAGCCGCCGCCGGAGCUAGCGUGCGCAAAGCAGGAGCCCCCCUCCUCCCAGCCCUCCCCGAGCUGCAGCUACCCUGGGGGGGACCCACAACAAAAGGCGGGAGGCUGUGGGGAGACAGAGCCCUGCGCCAAAGGGAAGGAUUUGCACAAAGAUGCCUCGAACAAUGCAGCCUCGUUAGGCCCCAGUGACCAAGCAGAGAGGCAGCUCGCUGCUUUAGCCGGGCGAUCUGCUUCCCAAGAGCCAGCCCUGGGCUCAGCUCCUCCGCCCUCCGCUCAGGAAUUCGCAGGGAGCCUCAGCCCGGCUCCCCAGAGGGUCUUAGGGGAGCCCAGGAGGGAGCAUUUCGACAGGCUCAUCAGGCAAUCCAAGCUGUGGUGUUAUGCAAAGGGGUUUAACGCGGAUGGGAAAAGUUUGCGGCCCGGAGGGAGGACGGAGCCGUGCAAAGCGGCCGAGCUCCAAUGCCCCGUCUCCAAAGGCGCACCGAGCCCGAGCCCCUUGUCCAACAAAGCUUUGAAAGGCAAUGGCUCGGAAAGGAAUUCCAAGCGCAGACGCCUUGCCAGAGGCGCUGAGGCAGAACGGCAACAAAACUCCGCAAAGGGGAGGCCACAAAAGACUCAGAGGAGAACUGCCCCAAAGGGGAAGGCCCAUUGCAAACGCCUGGCCAGCGCCGGGCCAGCACCAGGCAGGAAUUCCUUCAGCCUCAUGGGCAACUUCCCCUGCACCCCUUCGCUGGUAGUGGGGGAGGAUGGGGAUCUGCGCCCCGCCGCCUCCCUGUGCGUAAAGAACUCCUGCGCGCUCUCCAAAACGCACCCGCUGUGGAGCUGGCAGGUGGGCGGCAGCGCCCUCCCUGUGCCCCCCAGCCUCAAAUUCCGGGGCUAUGGCCUAGAGGGUUUCUAA